GUUGGGUAAGGAUAUUUCUGUCUUCGCUGCAUAUCAGUAUCACAUUGACAGUUUUUUUGGUCUCGGCUGGUUAAGUUUUUUUUUACACUAGUUGCAUAAGAUACCGACAUGUUGUCUAAGAAGAAAUUGUCAAGGCUUUGCUUAAAUCAAACGAUGUUACUUCUAUUUCUAACACCAGCCCUAUGUGACCUAGCGUUCAUGGGCGUUCAAAGUGGGCCUCAAGCUUAUUGGGUGCCGAUUUUUACUUUUAACGCAACUUUAUAUACUAAUUUUUAUGAAUGUCUAGUUACAAGGUACAAUAACUGCCUGAUUAAAUACGAAUUAUCUGUGAAAAAUGUGACCGAAAUUGUGGAGUCAGGCUCGUCAAAUAUUUCAGCACUACCUGUUUACACAUGCAAAAACAACGAGAGCACAACUUCUAUAUUAUGCUCUAGAGAAGAUCAAUAUAACUGUGCAAUCGUUUCAUUUGUUUUUGCAUUUGUUUGGAAUAAAGCGACAGAGUACUUCUAUCAUCCUUAUUUAAACAACAGAACAGUAACGUGUGUUGAUCGCAAUUACACUUUAUAUUUCAAUAAAUCCGACGUAUUAACAACUACAGAGUGGACAAACGUUCAAAGCACACCAUUAAUCCUUCCAAGUACCUUAACUACGAUUCUAAAAUCAACAUUUUCUACGACUAAUAACUACUCAUCUACUCUUGAAUCUAAAGAUAGCAAACUUCCCAUAAUUCUUGGAACCAUUGGAGGAGUUGCUUGUUUAGCUUUCAUUAUUGUUGUUGCUGUGUUUCUAGUUAGACGUGUUCAGCAAAAUAGAAUUUUACUAAAUUCGGAUAAUAGUUUAUUGAAAAAAUGCAACCCCCAAAACGACACUGUUCCGACUAAUACCAUUUCGGUAAAUAAGGACAGGACAACGCCAAAUGACACAGUCACUGUUACAUCCAACAUCUUCACACAGACUAGCAAUGAUACUUUAGGUCGUGAAUUAAAAUAUUUCAAUACUAUUGUUGAGGACGAUUACACAUGCAUAGAUGACAACGAACGUAACUCUCGUGUGAUAUCGGCUAGGACACAUCCAGAAACAAGCAAAGCAAUCGAUUCAUUAAAAACAGAUUACACUGACAUCAAAAUAACAAAAGAAAAUACUGGCCUAAUCUCACCCAACAACACAGAAAUAAGGAAGACAAACUAUGAUGAUAGCUACAACUUUAUCAGUGAUACAAAGGACGACUACUCUAGAUUAGGACAAGAUAUCAGAAAUGUUAACAACCCUUACGAUGGGUUAUUGGAGUUAAAGGAAGAACAAUCAAAUGUUCCUCAACACGAGUUGUCUCCCUACACUCUGGCUAAACCUAUACCAGGGUCGGCAACUCUACAGGUCAUAGAUGUCGGUGUUUGCAAUGACAAUCUACAGCCACUAACAGCAGCCAGCAAACACAGCGUCAACACGGAGCAUGACUACGACACUCCGUCUAACACUGACAUUAAGAGAAAUGUUUUCGGCUACACAGAAGUGAAAAAAAGGACAUUUUAAAAAUGCUAAGUCUAAAAAUUUGAGUUAUGGUGUAUAAGAUUUAACCCUAUGUUUUUUCUUCGUAUCUGGGAUAGCAAAGGGUAUACCAUUUAAUUGUAUUAUGCUCUUUUAGCUAUAACGCAAGAUAAAUCAUUAUAAAUAUAGCGUUUUUAUUCAGCA